UGAAACACUGUGUCCCCAUCUCCUACCUCACCCACUGAAGGAGACGAUCUGUGUGAGAUUGAUGUCACCGAUGUGUCCACACACAGUGUGACUCUGCUCAUCUGCCUCUGUGGGCUGGCAGGGAACGGGGCUGUCAUCGGCCUCCUCAGCCUGGAAAGUGGCAACUCUGGUAUCUUUGACCCGGCUCUUGCCGACUUUCUCUUCCUUCUCCUCACAGUCCCCUCUGCCCUGCUCUUCCUGGUGGAGGACGUGUCCUGCUCUCCUAUCGUGUCACUGCUGUACCUGCGUUUCCUUUUCCAGCUGUCAGUGGUCUCCUACUACUGGGGGCUGUUCCGGCUGACAGCCCACAGCUUAGAAAAGGACGUGGCCUCACUCUGCAGGCACUGCCUGCUGCCAACUUCCGAGCGCCUGAUGUGGGUGGUGUGGAGAGCCAAAUAUUGGGUCUUUUACGCUCUUUUCACAAUAAUUCCUGCAGUGACAUUCCUGUGCCCGUCACAUGAGCAGGAACACUGCCGGGCAGCUCUCAUCUCCAUGUACACCAUCAUCCUGCUCCUCUUUGUAGCACCUGUGCUCAUUUCCAGCACAAUCCUCUUCAUUAAGGCCAAGCGGGGCUCCCAGCAGCAGCAACCCAAGAGGUGUGACAUUGUUAUCGUCCUCACUGUGCUCUUCACUCUCCUUCUCAUCCUCUGCAAUUUCCUGCAGCAGCUUGGUUACAUCCUUGUGUCCUCCCAGGUUGUUUUCCUGCUCACCUGCAUCCAUAGCACCAUCAAACCUUUAAUCUACUUCUUGGCAGGGAGCUGCAGGAGACCCUGCUCUCUGGAGUCUCUCCAGCUCACCCUCAACAGUGUCUUUGAAGAGCAGAAAGAUAAAACUGCCAGUAGAAAUGAUGCCCCCAGCCUGUUGAUCCCUUCCUGUUCUGCUGAAGGACCCCAGGAGAGUGGCUGAGGGUUUCCUUGAGCCUCCUGCUGAAUAAAUAUCCGCAGGAUCACCCUCCCCGUGGUGAUGAAUUCCUGCAGGAGAAGGGAGCAGGGGCAUUGCCUUAGGUGAUUUUUGUGGGAUGCUCUGCAUUGGAGCAUGGUUUUCCUCCUCCCUCCUAGAUCCACAUGGCCCCAAGCAGUGCAGCUGGGCUCAGUGCUGUUCCCCAGCUCUAUUCCCCAUGGAGUGACCUUCAUGGCCUCAGCCCCAGGGAAUGAACUCCAUCUCCUUUGGCUCAGCAGAUGAGUUUCAUGGUGUUUUCAGGGAGCUCUU